AUGGCUAUAGCGACUGGUUUGCAAAUAAAAAUAUGGGUCAGGAUGGCGAAUAAUAGUACAGUAGGAAUCGAAAUCGGUUUCCUUGUCCGUAAACAGGAACUCUUCUGUGCAAAGAUGUUUGUAGAUCCGAUUGCUGACGGGGCACAUGACAAGGUCCUGGCGGUACCUUCUUGA